AUAUUCCUAGAUUUGUCUCUUCCCCAAAUAGACUAGUUCUCGAUUUAUUAUUAUAACACAUGAAAUAACGUAACAACACACCGCCCCAUGUUAUGAUUCCUAUCUUAGGCCUCAUUCUCAUCAAAUGAUCAAGAACAAGAACUACAACACAUUUUGUGAUCUACUCUCCUUUUUUUUUGUUUUCCCUUGAGAAAGAGGUAAUUGCAAAAUAAAUCAUGACGAUCGAUGGAUCGGAGACGGGCCCACCUCCCGAUCACAUCGUCGGAUGGAUCGAGGAGUCGAUAUCGUACUUUCCGACAAUCUUCGAUGAUCCCUACGAGGCGGCCGGAGACUUCAGCGGCGACUCAUGGUGGGAUCAAAGCCAGAGCCUUGAACAGCUGAUCAAUAGUAGCUUCAACUCUUACAACACUCCGGCGUUGGCCGCCGCCACGGCCAGUGCGGCCCCAACUCCGGCCGACUCGAUGGUAUCCGACCGGUCGCUCUCGCUUGAUUUGAGUAAGAAAAGAAAGUUGCCCGACGACUUGAGUCCCAAGACGGUCCGCAAGAGCAACGGCCGGCGAGGGCACGAGGCUGACGCUGCGGCCGCAGAGGCCACGGGCGUCACGAAAAAACCGGCAGGAAACAAGAAAGGUGGCAAGUCGGCGGGGAGCGGCGGCGGCGGAAACAAGGAAGGGAGAUGGGCGGAGCAGCUGCUCAACCCGUGCGCCGCCGCGAUCACCGGCCGGAACCCGUCCCGCGUGCAGCACUUCUUGUACGUGCUGCAUGACCUCGCCUCCCUCAACGGCGACGCCAACCACCGGCUGGCGCACCACGGUCUCCGGGCGAUCACACACCACCUCUCCGGCGCCGGAGCCGGCAGCUUCUCCUCGUCGUCCGGCGACACUUUCGCCACCAGCAAUCUCAGAUUCUUCAGCAACUCUCUGAUCAAAUUCAACGACAUCAAUCCAUGGUUUCGAAUCCCAAACAAUGUUGCAAACACCUCAAUCCUUCAAAUUCUCGGCGAGCAGCAUCAACCAACCAAUCUCCACAUUCUUGACAUUGGAGUCUCACAUGGACUCCAAUGGCCAACCCUCCUCGAAGAGCUGACUCGUCGUGCAGGCGGGCCGCCCCCGUUAGUCCGCCUCACGGUGGUCCCUCCGCCCACCAAGGACGAGGAGUCAAGAAACGCCACCCCCUUUGCUCACGCCCCUCAAAACUACGACUUCACCUCCAAACUCCUCGCCUUCGCCAAGGACAUGAAUGUGAACCUGCAGAUCAACAAAAUGGAUAACUUCCACCUCCAAAAUCUCAACUCACAAGCCAUCAACUCCACCUCGGGCGAAACACUGGUCGUCUGCGCGCAGUUCCGGCUGCACAACCUCAGCCACAGCGCCCCUGAUGACAGAACAGAGUUCCUGAGAGUGCUGAGAAGCCUGCAGCCGAAAGGAGUAAUCUUGAGUGAGAACAACACAGACUGCAGCUGCAAUAGCUGUGGAGAUUUCACAACAGCCUUCUCAAGGAGGGUGGAUUACCUGUGGAGGUUCUUGGAUUCGACCAGCGUCGCGUAUAAAAGUCGCGAGAGCGACGAGAGACGGAUGAUCGAAGCAGAGGCAGCUAAGGUGCUGGUGAAUGUGGGGGAGAUGAAUGAGAGAAAGGAGAAAUGGUGUGAGAGAAUGAAAAAUGCAGGAUUUAAAGGACAAGUGUUGGGAGAGGAGACCGUAGAUGGAGCCAGAGCAUUGCUGAGGAAGUACGACAGCCACUGGGAGAUUCAGGCUGACGAGAAAGACGGCUGCAUCGGGCUGUGGUGGAAGGGGCAGCCCGUGUCGUUCUGCUCACUGUGGAAGAUGGAUGUGAGAGUGAAAGAGUGUUUGACAUAGUUGUGAAAGAUAUGCUCUGUUUUUGGAAUGAAUUUCAAUUUUUUUUUUU